CGGUUCCGAGGCGUGUUUGAGCUCACUGCAUCGACGCCAUGAGCAAAGCUCAUCCUCCCGAGUUGAAAAAAUUUAUGGACAAGAAGUUAUCAUUGAAAUUAAAUGGUGGCAGGCAUGUCCAAGGAAUACUGCGGGGAUUUGAUCCCUUUAUGAAUCUUGUGAUAGAUGAAUGUGUGGAGAUGGCAACUAGUGGGCAACAGAACAACAUUGGAAUGGUGGUAAUACGAGGAAAUAGUAUCAUCAUGUUAGAAGCCUUGGAACGAGUAUAAACGAUAGCUGUGUUCUCCAGAGGAAUCAGCUGCUUCCACAUGUCCCCACUCCACAGCACCUGUUUUGCUACAAUACAGAAUCGGGUUGUGUACAUUUUCAUAUUAAACUUUUUUGUUAAAUAAACUUUUGUAAUAGUCA